CAGCGAGAGCGAGAGCGCCCCGUCCAGACUCGAAAGCCGGAACGGCAGUUAGAUGAAAGUUUCUAACGAAGUAGAAAGUUACAGCGACAUCAGAAAGCUAAUCCGAACCAGGAGGUUGACCAGUGAGAUCAUCCUUGCCUUCCAAUGCCAGCCUCUCCUCCAAACCUGCAGACUUCAUGACCACUGAAGACCCCUCUGUCUCGCCUUCAAUGGAGACUGACCAGGAGAUUUCUCAGUGGUUGAGCAGUGUGCACCUGACCCAGUAUGCCGCCAGCUUCGCCCGGGCUGGCUACCAUUGUCUUAAGGACCUCAGGGGCCUAACAGAGGAGAAGCUUCUCGAGGUGGACAGUAUUCCCACAGGACACCGGCGGAGGAUCCUAAGCAGUCUGGAAACCAUGAUGGUGGAAGCUGAUGGAGGUAAGGGUUUAGUUAAAGUUCCAGUGAGGAGAAAGCCGAUCCCAAGACCUAGACAAGUAUUUACCAGGGAUAGGCAGAAAGGAAGAUCUUGCCAGCAUCCUCAGGGAAAUAACACCCAGAUGGAAAGGCAAACUCUUUCUGUAAGGACUCAUACACUUUCUAGCAGUACAUGUCAUGCUGCUUCCUCCAGCUGUAGCUCCGCCUCUGAGCACAGCAGCAACGAAUUAUUGAAGAACUCCUCAGAAGAGCUGUCCUGCUUUGGAGCAGAAACUAUUCCAGACCAGAAUUAUGAUUUUCCUUCAGAAAGAACACCUGUAGGGUUUCAGGGAGAAAUGGUCGAAAAUGAAAUAUAUGAGCAAUGCCUUAUGGUUAAGGCACCUUCAGAUCCAAGAUCCACAUGUUCCUUUAAGCUACGUCACAGGCCUGUUCCAGAGAUCCCUGAACAUACCUUCAUACCACCUAAUGACUGGAGUGUGACAGUGAACAGCAUUGACCAUCUCACAAGAUCUGAGGCACCCACUUACCCCACAACCAUACAGAAAGCACCACCUACAAGUAACUUGCCCCACAUUGACCCCUGUGGAGAGCUUUUCCUUUACAAUACUGCAGAAAACAAACUGGAUUUGGGCAAAGAUGUACUGGCCGCUCAAGGAAUAAAAGAGAACUUGGAACAACGGAAGUUGAGGAAGAAGCAGACAAGAUCCAAAGAGAAGCUGAACAAUAACAACAAGCAAGAACUUUCCAAGCAACAUUAUGUUGAUGAUGAUGAUAGUGAUUACUCCACUGUCCAAGCAUCCAUGCUCAGUCAGGAAUCAGCUAGUAAAAGCUCUUCAAAACAACAUACAACCUCUGUCCUUCUCUCUUGCACUGGACAAAGGGAUGUGAAUGACGUAUACAGUGUGCAAUCAGAUGACUUAUCGGGUCUAGUUAGAUGCACUCUUCCUCCGCAAGGAGAAGUUUCCAUUUCACCCUACGCCUGCUUUUAUGGGGCCCCUAAGACUGCUACUAAAGCAGGCUGGCUGGAUAAACUGUCCCCUCAAGGGAACUGCAUCUUUCAGAGAAGAUAUGUGAAGCUUGAAGGAGCAAAUCUCACUUACUACAACAGUGAUAAGGAGAUGUACUCAAAGGGCCUUAUCCCCAUUUCAGCAAUUAAACAAGUUCGAGCUCUGGGUGAGAAUAAGUUUGAGGUGGUCACCUCCGUAAGAAUCUUUGUGUUUCGGGCGGAGAAAGAAGGAGAACGUCAGGAUUGGCUAGAUGUUCUCCAGUCUGCAGUGAGCUCCCAGUCCUCCAUUUCCCAUCAGCCUUGCAAAAAUAACACAAACAAGUGCGGCUACGUCGAGCUGCGUGGCCUCAAAGGAAGAGUGUUCCUCAGCCUCAUGGGAACUAACUUCAGGCUCUGCAAAACAGACCAGGACUUUAAUGCUGGACUGGCCAUUACUGUGGUGGACCUGACUGCUACAUGUGUAAAACAGGUUGAGAAGAAGGGCUUUGAGCUCACUACACCUUUCAAAUCCUUCUGUUUCACAGCGGAGUCAGAGCGUGAGAGAGAGGAAUGGAUGGAGACAGUUCAGGAGGCCAUUGCAGAGGCGUUGUCCAAUUACGAGGUGCUGGAGAAGGUUUGGUUUAACAAGUCCAACAGGAAAUGCGCUGACUGUCAGGCUCCUGAACCGGAAUGGGCGUCAAUUAACCUUGGUGUGGUCAUCUGCAAAAAUUGUUCAGGUCAGCAUCGGUUCCUGGGCCCCGGUAUUUCAAAAGUCCGGAGUAUGAAGUUAGACAGCAGCAUAUGGACCAAUGAACUUAUUGAGCUGUUUUUAGAGGUUGGGAAUAAAAAUUCAAACAGAUUCUGGGCAGCAAAUCUGCUCCCAGAGGAAGAGCUUUGCAAGCAGCCAUCAUCAGAGCAGCGAGCAUUCUUCAUUCGCAGGAAGUAUAAGGAGAGGAAGUACAAGAAAGUUCUGGAAGGUCUAAAGACCCAGGAGGAACUCAACAAGGCCCUCUGUGCUGCGGUGGUUCUCCCUGAUGUCCUGCAGACCAUGGCCCUGGUUUUCAGCGGGGCAGAUGUGAUGUGUGCGACGGGUGACCCAGAGCACUCCACUCCAUACCUGCUGGCUCAGAAAGCAGGCCAGAGACUGCAGAUGGAGUUCCUCUACCAUAAUAAGCUCUCAGAUUUUCCUAAGGUGGAGGCAGCAUUUGACAGCAGUUUUUCGGCCGAUGUUUGCUCUUUCAUGGAUGGAUAUCUCUAUUGCUCUGUGAAUACAGGCAAGUCCACUCUGGACAUGAAAGGAAGACCUGACAUGGUUCGCCGUUGGUGUACAUUGGAAGGUGGGUUUCUCAGUUACUAUGACAACAAGAAGAUUGCCACACCCAUUGGCCGGGUUGACAUCAGUGAUGUGGUGAGCCUGGCCAUCAACAACACAGAGAACAUCACAGAUACAGGGCCAGUGUUCACCUUUGAGUUGUACCUGCAGUCGCAGAAAGUGCUGGUGUUCGGAGCGGAGACCUCGGACACACACACAGAUUGGACACGUGCCAUCGCCAAGUGUUUUGUCCCCGCAAGGGCAGAUGCUCUGCUGAAGCAGGACAACAAGCUUAUUGGCCAGCUGUACUAUAAAGAGGGUCACGACCUUUAUCACUGGCGAAUGGGAUGGUUUGCUCUGGUGGGUUCAGAACUGUACUUCAGCUCUGGAGAUGAAGAGGAGGGAGUACUUCAACUGAAAUGUCUUCAGGAGCUCACUGUGUCCACUCAAAUGGAGGGUGAUGAGAAAAUUCAGGUCUUGCUGAUGGUUGAGAGUGGAAGAACCGUUUACGUUCAUGGCAUAACCAAGCAGGAUUUUGCGCUGUGGCACUCUGCCAUCCAGUUGGCAGCGAGGACGGACGGUUUGGCUCUUGGUAACCAGCAAAUGAAAAAAAAUGAUGUCCCUAUCAUUGUGGAUAGCUGCAUAGCUUUCGUCACCCAAUGCGGUUUGUGUUGCAAGGGAAUCUACCAGAAGAAUGGUGAUCCGGGGCGUGUGGCCCAGCUUUUGGAGGAGUUUACAAAGGAUGCCCGGGUUGUUAAGCUGAGGGCACAAGACCACCGUCUAGAGGAUGUCACAGACACACUCAAGAGCUUCCUGUCCCACAGUGAAGAUGCCCUCUUGGCGAAAGAGCUGUACCCUUUCUGGAUAUCUGCUCUUGACGAAGAGGAUGAGAAGGUCAGAGUGCAGAAAUAUUCAGUCUACAUCCAGAAUUUACCCAAGGUCAACAGGUCAACCCUUGCUGCCUUAUUGCAACAUUUAUAUAGGAUCCAGAGUUGUUCACACAUUAACCAGAUGAGCACACAGAAGCUGGCAUGUGUGUUCUCCUCAUGUCUCUUUCAAACAGAGGGUCACAUGGCUCAGGAGACUCGUGUGGUGGAGGAUCUUAUCAACAAUUACAUCCCGCUCUUCUCUGUCAAUGAAGAGCAGGUUAGGCAAAUGGAGAAAGAAAACAGCUUUAUCACCAGGUGGAAAGACACUACAUUCUCUCCUGCUGGUGACCUGAUAUUUGAGGUCUAUUUGGAAAAAAAGCAGCCUGAAAAGUGCUGUUUAAUCAAGGUUUCUCCUAGUAUGCGGUCAGAUGAGCUUGCCAUCAGCACUCUGGAGAUGAAAGGCAUGGAGGUCAAAGAUCAAGACCUCUGGACCACCUUUGAGGCCAUAGAGAAUGGAGAGCUGGAGCGUCCCUUACACUACAAAGAGAAGAUUCUAGAGCAAGUAUUGGAGUGGAGUUCCCUGGAGAAUCCCGGCUCGGCCUUCCUGCUCAUUAAACAAUUUUCCGGCUCUAAAAUGACAGAUUCCAACUCAGAGAAACUGAAAGAUUUCAUUAAAGGAGAGCAACUUAAGUUCAAAGACAGCUCUUCCAAAUUGUUAUCGGGGAAUAAAUUUCAGGACAGAUACUUGGUACUACAGGACAAAAAACUGCUGUUAUACAAAGAUAUAAAAAGUACCAAGCCAGAAAGAGAGGCUCCGUUAAAGUCUGUUAAAUGUUACUUAGGGCUUCGAAGGAAGUUGAAACCAACAAGCAGUUGGGGAUUUACUGUUUAUACUGAAAAGCAGCAGUGGUAUUUCUGCUGUAAAGGGAAUGAUUCUCAGCAAGACUGGGUCACCUCCAUUAUCAGAGUGAAGCAUGAAGGUGACUUAUGGCCUAAAGACCUAAAGCAAAGUACAUCUUUACCUUACAACCUGAGCAGAGGUAGAACAUCCACUUACAGCACAACUCUGACCACCAAAGCCAAACACAACAGAGAGGUUAAAAGGACGUCACUCCUUAGUAUAAGUAUAGAGGGUUCCAAUACACAAAACCAAAUGACCACCAACGAGGGCAACCAACCGGACUCAAUGCAUAAAUUGGCAGGCCGUGAAGAAACUCAGUGUGACUCCAGGCUUGAAAUGGUGAUUGAUGACACACUUCAGUCUCAGCGAAGAGCAUCUCUUCAACAAUACCCCAGUGCCCCCACUCCACUAUCACAGAGGAAAGCAGUGUUGCCCAGCAGAGGAGUGCAAUUGCCACACAACCUAAUUGAUGAACUAAAUGCUGUCCUGAACAAAACAGGACACUGUCCACAUUGAGACAAUUAAGAGAGAGCGACAGAGACCAAAAGACAAGAGUUUUGUCCACUGCACGUCCAAUAUGCACAGAGAGGAUCUGUAAGGCAUGAGGAUUUUAUAACAAAGAAACCAAAGAGUGAGAUUUUUAGAUUUAGACUUUCUGUACUUUGUAAAAAAGCCAAAUAAAAUUAUUUUAUGUUAUCCUCUUCUUUAGGUAUGUAAGAUGUAAGAUGACUGGUAGGUCAAACAUAAGAUCAGUUAAGAAUGUAUUUGUGUACAGCUGCAACUGCUUACUCAUUUACAUCCCCAUAGGUUGACCGACACUCUGAAAGAUAUUUGGUGGAAUUAUUACUCCCUAAAUUAUUACUGGAAUUAUUACACAAUGUAAUUCAUUAUUAGAAAAAGGAAUGUCCAGGGUUCAGUACAAGUUAAGCUCAAUCGACAGGAUUUGUUGCAUAAUGUUGAUUAACAGAAAAAUAAUUUUGACUCGUCCCUCGUUUAUUUAAAACAAGAAAGCAAAAAUCCCAGUACAGUAAGACACUUGCAAUGGAAGUGACAUAACAUUACAGAUGUUAACGUGAUUUUAGUGUGAUAAAAUCAAGGAUUUACCAGCAUUACAGCCUUUACCAGAUUUCAGGGUUUACCACCGCUACGUCGUCAUGACAAGUAAGUAGUAAUAUCGGAUAUAACUUUAUACUGAUAAGGUUAGUAAAUGAUUUUGCACGCAAAAAUCAUGGUGACAAGUAAAAUGCUUAUGUCUUGUGGCUAUACUUUGAAAAGUGUCAAUUUGAACAUUUAUGGACUGGCCCCAUUCACUUCCAUUGUAAGUGCCUUACUUUAACUGUGUCAUAAUAUAUACAUAUUUUUGUAUUAUUUAUUUAUUAAUGUGAGGCCACAAAUGUUGUCCAUUGAGCUUAGCUUUUUAUGAACCUGGAACGUUAACUUUUGCCAUUGUUUUAGGCUUUGCAUGCUGACUUGCGUUUUCCCUUUUCAUUCUAACACCUGUUUUCAAGGUAACGGAGUUUGAAAACACUACAUGAUUCAUUACCAUUGAUCUGUUUAGAACUAAUUGUACCUUCUCCAUUUAAUGAAAAUGGUUGUUUGGAAUCGAGCGGAAUGAGUCAUUCGUCUAAAUCUUGGUGUGCUUCAAGGUCUACCUAACCUUUUUUUUUGGUUUAGACUGUUCUUCAAGAAAAUCUUAUGUUUUUUAUUAGUUGGAAACAAAAAUAACUCACCAUUCCAAACCUGCUGAAUAAUGCAUAAUAAUAUGAGAGCAUACACACUGGAUAUUGUUGCCCAGUUUGUUAUUAAAUAUUUUUAGUUGACAUUUUAUCUAGAUUAUGAAUUACUUAACAGUUGCCUGCAUUUCGUAUUCUUAAA